CUACAAUUUCGUCCUCCCCAUUCCGCCAUUCUCAAGCGUCGAAUCAUCAGCAAAGCAAUCGGCCUCUACUCACCCACACCAGCAAUGGGUUCUUCACCUCCUCCCCUGUAUCCCGCUUCUAAUUUCGAGUCCGCCCCUGUCUCCCAACACGAACUCAAGACCUUCCACCAAAUCGACCGCCGGCUCUACUCCCGACUGGUGUUCGACCUCGACCGCGACCCAGAACAAUCCAUGAGAGUAAUGGCGCUGUGGCUGUUCCUGGAGAGAUCGAAGUACGUCCGUUCGAUGGUGCAGACUCUGUUUUCUUAUAACGACUUCCUGAUCAACGCCCUGGUCGACGAAACCAUGCUCUGCUUGAAAUGUCUGGACAACGAGCGGUACAGUCCCUUCAUUGUUCACUCGAUUCACGAAAUUCCCCUCCUCUAUAACCUCUCCGGGAGCAGAAUUACCCUUCCCUUCUUCCGCGAGAAUCGGGUCGCAGUCCUCAGGGGAGUCGUCCAACUUAUUGCCGAUGUCUGUGUCAGAGUGUUUGAUGAUCAGUUAGCGUGUGCUGUUGAGAGCAGAGCUUUUGCUUUCGCAAUGCGGCAACAACAAUUACAACAACAACAACAACAGAUGCAGAGUGGCUGGAACUACUACGGUCCGGAAAUCGGUGUACCGAUUUGGAAUCUGAAAGUCCACCAUGGAUAUGAUGUCGCUGGUGGGAGCUAUCGUCCUCAAGAGACUGACAACAACGUUCUGGAAGAACUGAAGGGUGAACCGAGUGGAGGCUACUUGAAUUUGUUGCUGAAUCCUCACGACAAUGCUGCUUCAUCUUCUUCGUCGCCACAGGUGGAUGAAAUCGAUGCGGGCGUGAAGAAAUUGGAGAUCCACGGCGGUAAUGGAAGUGAGGGCGACGGUGAUGGAGUGCCAGCCGAUGAGAGGACUGUUUUCCUGACGUUUUCCAAAGGGUACCCUAUCUCCGAACGCGAAGUCAGAGACUUUUUCUCCAUGAGAUUCGGGGACAUUUAUGAAGAUGUCCAUAUGCAAGAAGUGACGACGGCAGAGGAGCAGCCACUGUACGCGAAGCUGGUGCUGAGGGUGCAGGGGAUGAUAGAAGUGGUGCUCAAUGGGAAGAGGAAGGCCAAGUUUUCGAUCAACGGGAAGCAUGUCUGCGCUCGCAAGUACAUCAGGAAAGGCAGCACACCACCACGGUAGUCAUCAUCUCUCGGCGAUGCAUAAUCUGCUCCGUCGAUCUUGCAGCCCGACAUACACAAUAAUAAGGGAUCUGUAUUUGAUAUAAUAUAGCCUUGUGGACACACAAAAUUUUGUCUGAACUACUCACACAUACAAUUUUGUUGCAACUUGUAAGGAUUUCAAACCUCAUGCCGGGU